GUUUGAAGAAGCUGCCACCAAACUGAACCUGGUGGGUUUGGUGUUUUUCCUGCAGCAGUUAAGAAAAGCGUCUCAGUCUCAACUGUUUGAUUCCGUCACUGAGACCGGAGACUAUUCACUGGCAAUGCCAGGAGAAGCUAAGUCGACGCUGGAGCGCCGCAGCGCCCUCCAUCUCUUCCGAUUGGGCGAGGCCAUGCUGCGGAUCGUCAGGAACAAGAACCGACCUCUGCUCCACAUGAUGAGGGCGUGGAGCGUGGUGGCGCCACACCUGGUGGAGGCGGCGUGUCACAAAGAGCGCCAUGUUUCCCAGAAGGCCGUUUCCUUCAUCCAUGACGUCCUGAUGGAGGUCCUGACGAGCUGGGCGGAGCUUCCACACUUCCACUUUAACGAGGCUCUGUUCAGGCCGUUUGAACACAUCAUGCAGCUGGAGCUGUGCGACGAGGACGUGCAGGACCAGGUGAUCACGUCGAUCGGCGAACUGGUGGAGAUGUGCUCUCCUCAGAUCCUGUCAGGGUGGAGGCCUCUGUUCAGCGCUCUGAGGACGGUGCACGGCAGCAAGACAGACACUAAAGACUAUCUGCUGGGAGAGUACUCCAUGGGGAAGUCUCAGGCUCCGGUGUUCGACGUCUUCGAGGCGUUCAUCAACACCGACAACAUCCAGGUUUUUGCCAACGCUGCCACCGACUACAUCGUUUGUCUGAUGAAGUUCGUCAAAGGUUUAGGGGAGGUGGACUAUAAGGAGAUCGGAGACUGUGUCCAUGUGUCGGAUCACAGCUCCACUGACCUUUGUCUGCCGGCUCUCGACUACCUCCGCAAAUGCUCACAGCUGCUGGCAAAGAUCUACAAGAUGCCGUCCAAACCCGUGUUUCUGGGGGCGCGGCUGGCCAGCCUGCCAAUGAGAUCACAGGAGCGCUCUGUCAGCAGCGAGGACGGGAUGGACUGUGUCCUGCAGGAGUUUGAUGACGACACAGGUCUGAUCCAGGUCUGGAUUCUGUUGUUGGAGCAGCUCACAGCUGCAGUUUCCAACUGUCCUCGAACGCAUCAACCUCCAACUCUGGAGCUACUGUUCAGUCUCUUGAGAGAAGUCACCGUGGUACCAG